GUGAAGUCACUGCUAAAAAUCAGUACGUUCUACUUUUCCUUCUCCGCUUUCAACUUCUCUCUGGCCUCUGCACCCCCACUCAAAGUUUUGAGGGUGAGAGAGAUGGGGUUGAGACCCAGAUUUCUUUUGUGUAAUGAAUAGAGCACUGGAACCUCUUCUUCUGAAAAGAUGGCGAUUCAAAUACAGAAUGAGCAGCAAAUAGAACAACACGAACAAGGCUCUUCAUUAUUGCUGGACGCUCUAUACUGCGAAGAAGAGAGAUGGGUGGAAGAAGGGGAAGUUUUACAAGGGGAGAGUGAGAGUGAGACAUAUGGCAGCCAAAACAAUGAUGUCAAUAAACCUUCUCUUUUUCCUUUGCACUUGUCGGAGCAAGAUUUGUUCUGGGAAGAUGAAGAGCUUCUUUCUCUGUUCUCCAAAGAACAGAAACAAGCUCAUCUUGAUUACAGCAUUGUAGAAACAGACUCUGGUACUAUCUCUGUAGCUCGUCGUGAGGCUGUGGAAUGGAUGCUCAAAGUCCAUGUUUAUUAUGGGUUCUCAAUACCCACAGCAAUCCUAGCCAUUAACUAUCUCGAUAGGUUCCUCGCAAGCCUCCAUAUUCAGAGAGAUAAGCCAUGCAUGAUCCAACUUGUGGCUGUGGCUUGUCUCUCUUUGGCUGCAAAAGUGGAAGAGACCCAAGUGCCACUUCUCUUGGACCUCCAAGUGGAGGGCGCAAAGUAUGUGUUUGAGGCUAAAAUUAUUCAGAGAAUGGAGCUUCUGGUGCUCGCCACACUUCAGUGGAAGAUGCAACCGGUGACCCCACUCUCAUUUAUUGACCACAUCAUAAGGAGGGUUGGAUUGAAGACCCAUCUCCACGUGGAUUUCCUCAGGCGUUGUGAGCGUCUCCUUCUCUCUGUGGUCUCCGGUUCAAGAUUCGUCGGUUAUCUUCCUUCUGUAUUGGCCACUGCCACUAUGAUGCACGUUCUCUACGAAGUUGAGCCUUGUAAUCACAUAGAAUACGAAAACCAGCUUCUGAGCGUCCUUGAAAUAAGCAAGGAAAAAGUGAAUGACUGUUAUACUCUCAUCGCUGAGCUACCAAAGGCCGAUAAUUGCGACCAUUACAACCUUCACAAGCGCAAGUAUGGGCAAAUUCCUUGCAGCCCAAAUGGUGUAAUUGAUGCUGGCUUUAGCUCCGAUGGCUCCAACGAUUAUUGGGCCGUGGGGUCCUCGGUUUAUUCAUCACCGGAGCCUCUGUUUAAGAAGAGCAGAGCCAAUGAACAGCAAUUGAAAUUUUCACCAUUCAGCCGGGUCUCUGUGGGCAUUGUUGGCAGCUCUCCGUAAUCUCUCCGCCCUCCCCCACCCCAAAAAAAAAGUCAAUAUCUUAUUAUAUAGAUAAUCUCUCUUUUGAUGCAAGUUGAUGUGCGUGCGUUCCGGGGUCCAUCUCGGCACUUCCAAAAAAAUGUCAGGCCAGCAUUCACGUCUUGGAGAGGGAACACAUGCCGUUGUGGAGAAGAGACGAGUGAAAUUGAAGAGUGUAUAUUGGAGUCUUCUCCUCUAUAUGUUUCUGGCACUCUUUCCUCCAUCUACAGGCCUCUAUAGACAGUUUAUCUGGACAUGUUAAAUCAUCGUAAUUUAUAAUAAAUUCAGAACUAUUUUCCUUGCUUUGUAUAUAUAAUAUGGUGAUCUGUUCACUU